CAGGCCGGAUAACACAGAUAGCUCGUAAUCAUAAGAGAUGCACAGAGUGAAACCCAACGACUCAAUGGCCGGAACAACCUCGGCUCGAUGGCCGGAAUAACCCAAAUAGUAUCGAGCUGCAGCUAUCUGGAAGGUGACGAUAUCCACUAAAGACAGUGGCAGUAGAUGCGAGAUGGGGAAGCUGCGGCUGUCAGCGGCGACUGUGGCCGCGGGAAAAGGCAGUGUUGGCUGCCGGCGGCGGCUAUGGACGCGGGGGAAGGCAGCAGUGGCUGCCGGCGGCGGCUGUGGCCGCGGGGGAAGGCAGCAGUGGCUGCCGGCGGCGGCUGUGGCCGCGAGGAGGAGUCAAAAUCGGUCCAGUGGCGGCGGCGGCGAUGAAGCCCGGCUCCUCUUCCUAUUGACAGCAUUGGGGUGCGGACCGGAUGAAAGGAGGGGGAGUAGAGAGGCGACCGGCAGCCGGCGCCGGCAAGGAGGGAGGAAGAAUCUCUUCCUGGCGGCGGACCAAAAAACACGAGCAGAAGAAAAAAACCCCAUCUUCACUUCUCCUCCUUCUCUCCCUGGCGGCGGCUGCCACAAAACCACGAGCCUGCCCCCCUUUUUUUUCCCACCCGUGCUUGCCUUAAUCCCUUAA